AACUCACCGCUUGUUUGCAUGAUGACCUGGGUCACGGAGCGCCUACACAAAAUCAACGCGCAAAACGUCAGAGAGGCCAAUCGCCGCUCAUAUAGAAAAUUAAGUCUAUUCAAAAUUUGCAUGUCAUUUUUUAUUAUUCCUGUUACCACAAGACAGAUUACACGUUUUCAUUUUAUAUUAUUGGAGUUUUUUUCUGCUAUAAGCCCGUCAGACCCUUGAACAUGGUCCUUCGAACCGGAUAUAAUUAGAGGAACCACAAUUUAUUGGAGGACCCAAGGGAAAUACGUAUAAAAUACUAAUUUAUCACUGGGGAUAUCAUCGAACUGCCGAGGCUCUGUUGAGGAAGAUCACCAGGACGUCGGAAUCCACCAGUGUUAAGUGUGUUAGGUGUUAUUAGGGCCAGCACUCUUAUAAAGGUAGUAUAUAUAGGUAUUAGGAUUUAUAGUGAACUCCAGGUCUACGUACACCAGCUUCCCAAAAAUGGUCGAUGAAAAGGAUUUAAUCCGCAAAAGAGGCAGUUACAAAGGUCAACUAACCCUAUUUACUACAUACCUAGGCACAGUGAAGGAAUCGACAUUAAGUCAAGCUGAGGCUAGUCAGUUGCAGAUGCGCAUAGGUAAGAUUGAGGCAUUGUAUGAGCUUUACGAUGAUGUACAGACACAGUUAGAGUGCAGCAGUGACAAUUUGGACGCACAUAUCGCAGAGCGAGACGAGUUCCAAAAUAAUUAUUUCUCCGUACUCUCGCGGGCCCAGGAUAUGCUCAACAAUUUUAAUAAAAAACGUGACGAAUUUGAGUCAUGUAGCAAUCGUGGGUCGCAAAGUGGUUCAGGUAAUCGUAAACUGGUCAAGCUGCCAACUAUUCAGUUACCCAAAUUUCAAGGCUCAUACGAGAACUGGCUAGGUUUCCGAGACACUUUCACAAGUCUGAUUCAUUCCAACGAUGAUAUUGAUAACAUUAAUAAAUUUCAUUAUUUGAGAGCAUCGUUGGAGGGUUCUGCGGCCUUGGUUAUUCAUUCUAUUGAGUUCUCUGGAAGCAACUAUGAGGUCGCAUGGACACUCCUAUGUGAGCGGUAUGAUAACAAAAGGUUACUACUGCAAAAUCAUGUAUCUGCACUGUUUAACGUCGAGCCGAUUACAAAGGAGUCGUCCGUGCAAUUAAAACGGCUUGUAGAUCAUGUAAACAAAAAUCUAAGAUGUUUAGAAUCCCUAGGUGAGCCUGUCAAGCACUGGGACACACUUCUUAUUCAUAUUAUUAGUAACAAGUUAGACACUAAGACAUAUCGUGAGUGGGAGGAACACAAAGGAAGCUUAGAUAAAAGUGUACCUAUUUCGUUUGAUAAUUUUAUCACUUUCAUGCGUAAUCGUGCAGACUUAAUUGAAACUUUGGAGUUAUCGAGCGCCUCGGGCGCCGGUCAGUCGAGUCAGCCGGCUAAAAUCGCGUCGAAACAUAGGACUUUGCUUUCUACACAAACCACUAAACACUGUGUCACUUCGUCGUCUAAGCCGUGUCCGAAAUGUAAUGGGGACCACAAUUUAAAUAGCUGCGGUCAGUUUCUUGCUUUAAGUAAUGCCGAGCGGCUUAACUUGUUACCGUCUUAUAAGAUAUGUUUCAAUUGUUUUCGAAGCGGCCACUAUGCAAACCAAUGCAAGAAGGCCGGCUGUAAGUUAUGUAAGCGCAAACAUAACUCGCUUAUUCAUGUCGCAGAGCAUAACCUAAAAACGGGACCGAGUUCGUGCGAGCGGUCUGGAGCACAGGCAAGAACUGCGCCGGCGCAGGUGGCGGGGAGCGCGACUGUGACUACGUUAUCUGCUAGCAUGAGCACGGCAGCGUCUCAAUCGUGCGCAUCUAAGCAAGGUGUCGUGCUACUAGCAACUGCACUAAUUAAGGUCUAUGGGCAUAAUAACCGCGAAUUUAUAGUAAAAGCGGUGUUUGAUAAUGGUAGCGCGACCAGUAUUAUGACUGAGAAGAUGUGCCGUCAGUUAAAUUUACACGCUGAUCAGGUAGAUAGAUCGAUUGUAGGAGUAAAUAAGUUGAAGACGCCCGUAGGUAAAAUAUGUCAAGUACCGAUGAAAUCGUUGGAUGAUACUUACUCCACUCGUUUAAUAUGUUCUGUGCUGCCAUCUAUAACUGAACCCACGCCUUAUCAUCAGAUCGACUCUCGCGAUAUAUCGCGAUUAAAUAUCCCGUCCGAUUUGUGCUUGGCUGAUCCCAACUUUCACACCCCAUCUGAAAUUGAUAUUUUGAUCGGGGGUGAUCUAUUUUGGGGAUUGUUGGGGUCACACAAAAUUGAGUUAGGUGAUGGGCGAACGGUGCUAUGCGAGACUAAAUUAGGAUACAUAGUCGCAGGUCCGUUAAUUAGCGGUCACGCAUCGACGUCGUCGCAUGCAAUCAAAUGUAAUUUUGCGAACGUCAUUUCUAACACAAGUGCCGAUUUGAUUAAUGAUGAGGUUCAAACCCAACUUGCACGGUUUUGGCAACUAGAAGAGGUCUGUCCUAAAGACUCUCAAUAUUCUCUUGAGGAAAAGUCGUGUGAGAAGCACUUCACUGAAACGGUCACUAGGCUAGAAAAUGGACAAUUCUGCGUACGGUUACCGUUGAAGGAGGAUCCUAGCAUUUUAGGGAAUUCGUUUAAUCGCGCUAGGCAGUGUUUUUUAUCACUAGAACGUAGAAUCGAUUUACGUCCAAAUUUCAGGGACAUGUAUAAGGAGUUUAUGGCGGAAUACGAGUCACUGAAUCACAUGACUGAGUGCAAAGAGUCUCAGUUAAAGUAUGGAGCAUACUAUAUACCCCAUCAUGGAAUUUUAAGGGAGAGUUCUACUACAAGAUUGAGGGUAGUUUUUAAUGCCAGCGCUCCCACCAGCUCUGGGGUAUCCCUGAAUAAGAUUCAGAUGGUAGGGCCCAUUGUACAGGAUGACCUUUUGUCUAUACUGCUUCGAUUCAGACAGCACAAGUACAUUAUUUCAGCGGAUGUAGAGAAAAUGUAUAGGCAAAUAGUAGUUCAUCCUGAUGACAGGUAUCUGCAGCGGAUCCUGUGGCGGGAUGAUUCAUCUAAACCCUUAAAGAUUUUUGAGUUAAACACGGUUACAUAUGGAACUGCCAGUGCACCUUUCUUGGCAACACGGUGUUUAAAACAGAUGGGUCUUGAGUGUAAGGAUGAGGUCGUUCGCGAGGUCAUUAUUCAUGACUUUUACGUCGAUGACCUGCUCACUGGCGGGGAUGACUUGCAACAAGUGCUUUCUAUUAAGAGUCAGGUUACUUCUAUUCUAGCAUCAGCGGGUAUGAAUUUGAGAAAAUGGAAAUCAAAUGAACCUCAACUCAUGGUGGACUCUGACUCGUCUCAAUUGGAUUUGAAUAUUGGCACUGAACCUAGUAAAACCCUGGGACUCAGCUGGAGGCCGGGGUCUGAUGAGUUGUGUUUCCCUGUUGGUCAAUGUUCCCUUGCCGGCAAAACAAAACGGGAUUUGCUAUCAGCAGUGGCUCAAAUAUUCGACCCCACUGGUGUACUGGCUCCUUGUGUUAUCCUCAUGAAAAUGCUAUUGCAGAAUUUAUGGCUACAGAAACUUUCAUGGGAUCAGAAGUUAACUCCUGAGAUCAGCAAGAUUUGGGAGGGUAUUGUCCGUGAUCUACCUUAUCUCAAUGAUAUCCGUAUCCCACGGUUAGUUUUAUGUGAUUCAUACGAGGAAGUCGAAUGUCAUAUUUUCACAGAUGCGUCCGAGCGGGCGUAUGGCGCUUGCUUAUAUUUGCGGAGCACUAAUAGGAAAGGGGACGUGCUGGUUAGGCUGCUAUUAGCCAAAAGCCGCGUGGCUCCCAUUAAACCCACGACAAUCCCGAGGCUUGAACUUUCCGGUGCGCUAGCUGGAGUUAGGUUAUAUGAAAAGGUAGUAGAUUCAUUAAGAAUCAGUUUUAAGAGUAUAACGUUUUGGACAGACUCCACAAUUGUGUUAGGAUGGUUGCGGAUGUUGCCUAGCAAGUUACAACCUUUUGUUCGCAACCGUGUAGCGGAGAUAUUAGAAAAGACGGGGAACUGCACAUGGCGGCACGUGCCGACACAGGAAAACCCUGCUGACCACGUUUCUCGUGGGAUACCUGCUAGUCUCCUUAAGUCUCUCGAUAUAUGGUGGUCUGGUCCUACCUUUUUACAACAGGAUAAAUCACUAUGGCCGGUAAGUUCGGUAGUAGUGGAAACGCUACCUGAAAUUCGAUCUGAAGUUGUACUGCACGCAAACGUUACAAACAACCGGGGAGAAGAAAACGGUGACGGCGUAAUUGAUUUUUCUCGGUUCUCUAAUUUAUCACGGCUUAUUCGAACAGUCUCCUGUGUUGUGCGCUUCGCGAGUUUGUGUAGAAAGCAAAUUGCCUCAACAGUUUACUUAACUGAUAGCCAGCUGAGAACCGCAUUAACUAUAGCUAUCAGAGUCUCACAGACAGAAUCAUUCUCAGAAUACAAUAUUCUGUUGAGCAGUCAGCCUCUUCCAAAAAAGAGCCCUUUGCUUAAACUUAACGUAUUCUUGGAUGACAAGAAAAUAAUACGCGUAGGAGGUCGAAUCGAUAACUCUAAUUUUUCAUUCGAGAAAAAACAUCCGAUUGUGAUUCAUGCUAAGCACCCAUUCACGAAAUUAUUGUUUGAAUCGGAGCAUAAGAGGUUAAUGCACGCAGGCCCGCAAUUGUUAUUAUCCUCAGUUAAGGAUGAAUACUGGCCAAUCGGUGGGACUAACUUAGCGAAAGCUUGUUUCCAGAAAUGCCUUAAAUGUGUUCGUAUGAGAGGCCAAGUUGUAGCACCGUUAAUGGGAAACUUACCCGCCUCGCGUCUGAUCCCUGGUAUGCCAUUCAAAACCGUUGGUGUCGAUUAUGCGGGCCCUCUGACUUCUGCUAGUCGUCAGGGUCGUGGAUGUAGACUUGUGAAGGUGUAUAUUGCCAUUUUCGUAUGUUUCACCACCAAAGCAGUGCAUCUGGAGUUAGUUGGCGAUUUGACCAGUGACAGUUACUUGUCAGCAUUGCGUCGUUUUGUGUCUCGUAGGGGUCUGCCAACCGACAUUUAUUCUGACAACGGCACAUCAUUCGUAGGUGCAUACAAUGAGCUAUCAAAAUUCUUAAAAAGCAACUGCGAUUCGCUGGCUGAGGCUGCAGCUCACGAAAAAAUUAAUUUUCAUUUCAUUCCGGCAUAUUCUCCACAUUCAGGAGGUCUUUGGGAAGCUGGGGUCAAAUCGACUAAAUUUCAUUUAAAAAGAGUGCUGGGAAAUUGUAAUUUAACGUACGAGUUACUUAACACUGUGCUGGUCCAGAUUGAAGCGGUUUUGAACUCUCGGCCACUUACUCCCAUGUCGUCGGACGCGCAAGACCUGCUGCCGCUCACUCCAGGGCAUUUUCUCAUUGGGCGUCCUCUAACCUCGUUGCCGGUCAAGGACAUCAGAGAGCAUGAAUACAAUUACCUCAGCCGUUACCAACGCAUUGAGCAAUUGCGGCAGCAUUUCUGGGGCAGAUGGAGCAAAGAAUACGUCUCGGAGCUUCAAGUCAGGACAAAAUGGCGCACAAACAAUGAGGUGCUACAGUUGAACACCUUGGUGCUCAUUAAGGAGGACAACUUGCCACCCUUGAAGUGGAAACUGGGUCGUAUCGUCGCCGUCCAUCCUGGAAGCGACGGAGUUACCAGAGUGGCAGAUAUAAGGACCGCAGGAGGUUUAGUUCGCAGGUCCUUCAGUAAGAUUUGUCCGCUCCCAAUAACAACAAAUGAGUCUGGUUGAAAGGCCAGCUUCCAACGCCCCGGGGCAUGUUUGCAUGAUGACCUGGGUCACGGAGCGCCUACACAAAAUCAACGCGCAAAACGUCAGAGAGGCCAAUCGCCGCUCAUAUAGAAAAUUAAGUCUAUUCAAAAUUUGCAUGUCAUUUUUUAUUAUUCCUGUUACCACAAGACAGAUUACACGUUUUCAUUUUAUAUUAUUGGAGUUUUUUUCUGCUAUAAGCCCGUCAGACCCUUGAACACCGCUCCUUCUCGA